UUGUCAGAAGAUGCUGGUUUUGUCUCGGAACGAAUGCGGGUGAAAUAAAUGACUCUCUUCUUCUCCCAUCUGGAUCAUCACAGUUAAUCAAUAACUCCUCUGAGAAACCACUGACCUUUUGAUAGCUGAUGGCAACCAGUUGUAGCUACUAUGCAUUUCCCCUGAUGAUCAGUUGCACUGCUGAAAGCAGGCCUCCAAGAUUUGGUCUCCCAAAACCCUCUACCUCAUCAUCAUCAUCUGCUGCUUGUAAGGUCAUGAAACUGAUCCCCUAUCAUCGCCAGAUUUCGACUAUAAUGGAUCUUCCAAUUAAGGAGAUUGCAGGGAAAUUAUUAGAGGCUUUGGUUGAUCACGUGUUUGAAUUUGUCGACCAACCCUACCUCCCAUCUCAGAGCAACUUCGCUCCAGUAGACGAGAUCGGAGAACCCGUCCGAGCGACCCUAGUCCAUGGCAGCAUCCCUCAUGAUCUCCCAGAGGGUGUAUACAUUAGAACCGGCUCGAAUCCUCUUCAUGGAGUACAAAAAUCGGCAGUUUCGAUAUUUGGAAAGUCGAGCCAUGUUUGGGUAGAGGGAGAAGGAAUGAUUCAUGCACUCUACUUCAACAAAGACAGUAGUGAUGGAGGCUGGACAACCUUUUACAACAACAAAUAUGUCUCCACAGACACAUUUGAACUAGAAAAGGAAAAGAAGAAGCCUGUUUUUCUUCCCGCUACGGAAGGGGAUCCCCCUGCUGUUCUCUCAGCUUUCCUUCUCAACCUGAUGAGGUUUGGCGUGGCUAACAAGAACAUGAGCAAUACCAACGUUUUCGAACACGCCGGAAAGCACUACACGAUCUCGGAGAAUGAUGUUGCUCCUUAUGAGAUCGACAUUCGUAACCUUGAAACUAUAGGCACUUGGGAUGAGAUUGCUGACUCCUGGAAUCGUCCAUUCACCAGUCACCCUAAGAAAGCGCCAAGGACUGGUGAGCUUGUAACAAUUGGGAUUGACGCGAAAAACCCUUAUUUGGUAUUGGGAGUCAUCUCAGCUGAUGGUAAAAAGCUAAUACAUAAAGUUGAUUUGAGAUUUAAAAGGAGCAUCUUGUGCCAUGAGAUGGGGGUCACCCAAAGGUAUAAUAUUAUACCAGAUUUUCCCACGAUUAUAGACUUAAAUCGACUGUUAAGGGGAGGCUCGUUAAUAAGAUAUGAAAAGGAAGAAUAUGCAAGAAUCGGAGUAAUGCCUCGUUACGGUGAAGUUGAUUCCGUGCGGUGGUUUGAAGUGAAGCCAUGUUGCGCAUUUCACAUCAUCAAUUGUUACGAGGAAGAUGAUGAGGUUGUGGUAAUGGGAUGUAGAGCUCAAGAUUCGAUCAUUCCAGGGCCUGAUUUGGGGAAGGACAAAUUGGAGUGGUUCUCAAGAGGAUUUAAGAAGGUAGAUUCAUACGAUGAUCAUAGUAAUAUGGAAGAAGGGUUUCUUUUUGCUCGUCCUUACGAGUGGAGACUGAAUAUGAAAACGGGACAAGUGAAAGAGAGGUAUCUGGUGGGCCUUCAAUUCUCAAUGGAUUUCCCUAUCAUAAAUCACAAUUUUACAGGACUCAAAACUAAGUAUGCGUACACUCAACUUGUUCAUUCCCAUGCUAGUUCUGCUGCAGGCAUGGUCAAGUAUGGAGGGCUGGCUAAACUAUGUUUGCAAGACAACAAUGUCCAAUUCUUAGAGGGAACGCAAAAUGGUGAGGGUAGUGGAGAAGAGUAUAGAAAGAUUGAAUACCACAUGUUUCCAGAAAAUACCUUCUGCACGGGAGCUUCAUUCGUGGCCAAACAAGGAUCUGUAGACGAAGACGAUGGCUGGCUCAUCACUUUUGUACACAAUGAGGACACCAACACAUCCGAGGUAUACAUAGUUGAUGCAAAGAAGAUUUCAAGUGAGGCAGUUGCCAAAAUUAGAUUGCCAUGCAGGGUGCCUUAUGGAUUUCAUGGAGCCUACAUGCAUGCCUCUUAAACAUGCUUCCUCAAUUAUCAACAUUGCUUUCAAUUUCAUAUAUUUGUUCUUCAUUUUCUAUGCUGAAGCAGAUUGUACAAUCUUCUAAUUAAUUACAACAAAAUUAAUAAAUUAGCUCCUAAAGUGUGAGCUUAAUGUAA